AUGGCGUCUAAACGAGGAGCAGCGACCGAAAUGGAUGAUGACCAGACUGAAUUUGAAACCAGUAAAGGUGUUAAAGUCAUUCGUAGUUUUGAUCAAAUGGGUCUAAAGGAAGAUCUCGUUCGAGGCAUUUAUGCUUACGGCUUUGAAAAACCUUCCGCUAUCCAACAAAGAUCAAUUAAGCCUAUUAUAGAAGGCCGCGACGUGAUUGCUCAAGCUCAAUCCGGAACAGGCAAGACUGCCACAUUCUCAAUCUCUGUCCUACAAGCGAUUGAUACUCAGUUAAGAGAAACACAAGCUUUAAUCAUGUCACCUACUCGUGAAUUAGCUGUCCAAAUACAGAAAGUAAUACUGGCAUUGGGCGAUUAUAUGAAUGUACAAUGUCAUGCUUGCAUCGGAGGCACUAAUGUUGGUGAAGAUAUCAGAAAGUUGGACUAUGGUCAACAUAUAGUAUCAGGAUCUCCAGGAAGAGUAUUUGAUAUGAUUCGCCGAAGAAAUUUGCGUACUCGAUCCAUCAAGAUGUUAGUUUUAGAUGAAGCUGACGAAAUGCUUAACCAAGGCUUUAAAGAGCAAAUCUAUGAUGUAUAUCGUUACUUGCCUCCCUCAACUCAAGUGGUUCUCCUGAGUGCUACUCUUCCACACGAUAUUCUAGAAAUGACUCGUAAAUUUAUGACAGAGCCUAUGCGUAUUCUAGUCAAGCGUGAUGAAUUGACAUUAGAGGGGAUAAAACAAUUUUUCGUUGCUGUUGAACGCGAAGAAUGGAAAUUUGAUACACUCUGCGAUUUAUACGAUACUUUGACAAUUACACAAGCAGUUAUUUUCUGCAAUACAAAGAGAAAGGUUGACUGGCUAACGGAGAAAAUGCGCGAAGCUAAUUUUACAGUUUCAUCUAUGCAUGGCGAUAUGCCACAAAAAGAAAGAGAUGCAAUCAUGAAAGAGUUUAGAUCCGGUGCUAGCCGGGUACUUAUUACCACUGAUGUCUGGGCCAGGGGAAUCGACGUUCAGCAGGUGUCUCUGGUCAUCAAUUAUGAUCUACCCAAUAACCGUGAAUUGUAUAUCCAUCGAAUCGGUCGUUCAGGUCGUUAUGGCCGUAAAGGUGUGGCUAUUAACUUUGUUAAGAGUGACGAUAUCAGAAUCCUUCGUGACAUCGAACAGUAUUACAGUACUCAAAUCGAUGAAAUGCCCAUGAACGUUUCCGAUCUUAUAUAAAACUAUUCAGUAUCCUAAAAUACUCCACAGAAGAAAUCCCGCGAAAUACUGAAACUAUCAUUGUUAUAAUUUUAAUAUCUUAUGUACUUUGUUUUUGUAGCAUACAUUUCGCCUUCGUUAAUCUUUUAUGUUAUUAUAUAAUUAAUAAGUAAACCUAAUAUACAGUAUCCAAUACUUGUUACGAGUAUUUGUUUUAUGCAUAAUAACUGUUUAGUCGUUAUUUCGACUGUAUGUUUUGUAGUUGUUAAUUGAACGAAAAUAAAUACCAAAUGCCUUAUUAGA